AUCAUUAUCCAUGAAGACAAUCACCUCGUUUUUCGCCGUCGCCGCGGUGUUCGCGUCUGUGUUCGCAGCUGACCCGCUGGUGCUCAAUACUCCUGGAAACGUUGCACAGUGCGUGCCCACCGAGAUCACCUGGACCGGGGGUACUCCUCCGUUUGAUCUGAGUUCUUGCCGGAAUGCUACUCGUUUGCAGAGCCUCUGUCUCCCCUCCAGCAUCACAGACAGCGCGGUGAACAACAUGCCCAUCACGGAGGACUUCCCCGGCCUGACCGGAGACUCCUUCCUCUGGGACACGGACGUUCUCGGAGGCACGGUCAUGACAAUGAAGAUGACCGACGCCGCUGGCGUGACGGCUUUCUCUGCUCCAGUCGUCGUCCAGCAGAGCCAAGACACUUCGUGCCUGUGAGCACCCUGACGGCGUUCCAGUGGGCCACGGUAUAUAGCAGGAGCGCAUUCACGGCUUUAGGCAUAUCAGGAGUCGUUUAACGCAUUAUUCAUGUCUUCAACGGUGACUACAAUGUUU